CAGUAGUCUAGUAGUAGAAGGGGUCGUCUAAAUCACUGUUACUAUAGGAGAAUUUCGAUAAAACCCACUGAGCUGAUCAACUUUUGCCAUUAUAUUAUAGAGGGAAGAGAUAAAAUAAUACGAAAGAAAAGGAAACCUGGGCCAUAGGUUUCUCAUCCUCACUGUUUCCUUCUACACCGGGGUUUUAGUCUUUUUAUUAUUUCUAUAUAUAGGGGUUUAUUUCUGAUCUGAUUUUUCUCUCUUUUUUUGGGGCGAUAUUUUCUUGCUUUUUGCUUUCUCUCAAGAGCAAAGGAAGAGGAAGAGAAGAAGAGGGAUUAGAGAGAAACAGAGAAGGGGUUGGGUGCUGAGAUUUAUGUCGGCAAGAUUCCAAUCGAGUUUUGAGAAUAUUGGGGCUUUAUUGAAGAAGCUCUGCUGGAUUUCAGUUUCCUCUGCUGUUCUGUUAUUGGCUAUCAACAAUCAGAAAUCCCUCUGCUCUGCGAACCGGCCGAGCUCUUCUCUUCUUUUCCCAACUGCUUCGAUGCGUUUGAGGCCCAAAAGGACUUGUUCUGGAGUAGAGUGUUUUGGGGGAUUUCACAUAAAGCGAUAUUUAUCACUUUUUUUGUUCUUCAGAGGGCCUCAUACCUGAUAUACAUCCCCUUUUCUUUUUAUUUUUUUUUGGAAGAAUUUAAAUUAUCUUGGGUAGCUGAUUUUUGUUUAAUAUUCUGUUGCGGGGAUAAAAGCACAUUCUUGGGGGAUUUUCUGGGUAUUUGAUUCAGGGAUUUGGAGUUGAGUGAUUGAAAGAAAAAGGAAAAUAAAAAUGCCAGAGCCUCGGAGACAAGUCAUACUGAAUCAAGAGCAUCAUAACAAGAGGCCAAAAAUCAUGGCUGAACCCACCAGACCUGUGAGGAAGAUUCGGGUGUUUUGUGACGACCCGGAUGCUACUGAUACUGAUUCAUCAGAUGAUGAAAGGGUGAUUGAGAAGAAGCCUAAGAGGUUCCUUAGGGAGAUUAUCCUCCCUAUUGUGGAGUUGAAAAGUCAACCCGGUCAGCCUGUGGCUGUGGCUCUUGCCCCAGAAGCUGAAAAUUCCUGUCAAGAGAGCAAUAAUGGGGAGAAAAACAACCCCAAGAAAAAGAAGGGUUUAGCUAAACCAUUGAGUCAACCUCAAUCAAAGCCUUCCUCUACCAAACGCAAAGGUGUCAGGCAGAGGAAAUGGGGCAAAUGGGCUGCAGAAAUUCGCGACCCGUUCAAGGGAAAGAGGAUCUGGUUGGGUACUUAUAAUUCUCCGGAGGAAGCUUCAAGAGCCUAUGAAGCUAAACGACUUGAAUUUGAAGCUAGGGCCAUGGCUGAUCAAAAUGCGUCUGAGAAGUGUUCUAAUGUCAAUGACGAUAAUAAUAAUAAUAACCAGUCUAGCUCAACGGCGGUUUCGCAGCCACAUAAUCAGAACGAAGCUCCUGCUUGUGUAUCUGAGGACUCUGCUGAAAGCCUGGUAUCGCAUACAUCUCCGGCGUCUGUCCUCGAGUUGGAUUGUUUGACCUCAUCUGCAACUCCGGCUAUGGCUUCUGUGGAUGGUGAGAAGCAAGAUGAAGAAGAAAAGGUGAAAAAUGUUGCUGAGGGAACCAAAGUUGUUGAGCAAAAGGUGCCUGAUCUGGAUUUAAUGAUGGACGAUGAGUUGUCAUUGGUUGAACUAGCUCAGGGAAUGGAGCUGGAUUUUGAGCUAAAUUCUCUGUUCAUGGGAGAGGAGGAGUUUGGACAGCCUCUUGGAGACUUUGUCAUUGGUGACAUUGAAGACAUACCAAUCUGUGGCUUUGAAGAUGAUCAGCCAAGUGCUUUGCCUGAUUUCGACUUCGAUUUCGACUUUGAUGCUUGCAAUGAAGCCUUUUCAUGGAUGGAUGAUGGGCCAGCCCUGAUGAAUGGAGCAUCACCUCUCGAAAAUCAACAUAGCGUGCCCAUAAGUUUUGCAGCAUAAGUUUUGCAGUAGUAGGAAUUAAUUUAUUAGCAGUAUAGCAUUUAGUUAUUAGUGGAGUAUUAUCUAUCGAAGGAGUUGAUGAGGAAGUUUAAUCCCAAGGGAUGUGUAUAAAGUUCUUUGGGAAAAAAAUGGUUUUGUCCGAGCGAGUUUAUUUAUUUGUUUGUCUGGCCAAAAAAAAAAA